AUGGAGAGCUGCAGCUUGGUCGACACGGCCGGCGCCGCCGCUCUCUGCUCCACGCCGGGCGGGCGCCGCCGCGGCCGCGCCGGCAGCGCCGCGAGGUUCUUCAACUGCCCCGGCUCCUCCAGAGAGCACGGGGUGAGCGCGUCCUACUCCAUCGGCCGGAUGCUGAGCGGGGUGAGGUCGGCGGCGCGGAGGAAGCUGUUCAGGAGCGAGCCCGAGUGGAUGGGCGUCAACUGGCCCGACUCCACCGGCCACCAUUGGUGGACGACUCUCGAGAACAACUUCGUGCUGGAGGCCUCCGAGGACGAGUACAGCGGGGUCGUCGUCGACGCCGACAGGCUGCCGGCCGACGGGGCCGCCUUCGCCCGGUCGCUCGCGGCGUCCCUCUCCUACUGGCAGUCCGUGGGAAAGAAAGGGGUGUGGCUGAAACUGCCUGUGGAUCGAUCUGAGUUUGUUCCCAUAGCAGUCAAGGAAGGAUUCAAGUACCACCACGCGGAGGAGGCCUACUUGAUGCUGACGUACUGGAUCCCCGACGAGCCGUCUCUGCUCCCAGCGAACGCUUCUCAUCAGGUCGGCGUCGGGGGCUUCGUGAUCAAUGAUCAAAUGGAGGUCCUAGUGGUGCAGGAGAAGUACCGCGGCUGGGCGUUGGAUGGUGUCUGGAAACUCCCCACGGGGUUCAUUCAGGAGUCAGAAGAAAUAUACACGGGAGCCAUCAGAGAGGUCCAGGAAGAAACAGGGGUUGACACUGAAUUCGUGGAUGUGGUUGCCUUCAGGCACGCGCACAACGUGGCGUUUCAGAAGUCGGACCUGUUCUUCAUCUGCAUGCUGAGGCCUCUGUCGAGCGCGAUCAAGAUCGACGAAACGGAGAUUCAGGCAGCAAAGUGGAUGCCGCUGGAGGAGUUCGUGAAGCAGCCCUUCAUCCAGGAGGACCACAUGUUCCAGAAGAUCAUGGACAUCUGCAUCCAGCGGCUGAGGAAGUGCUACUGCGGCCUCACGGCGCACAACGUCGUCUCCAAGUUCGACGGCCGGCAGUCCACCCUCUACUACAACGUGGGCGAGCCCGAGGAUGUCAACUGCGACGCUGCCUGA